AUGAAUAUCUCAGAUGCUCUUACAUUAAAAUGCACAGUAAUUAACAGCACCCAGGAUGAAGAGUUGGUCUGGCUUCGGGGAGACAGAGUAAUUAACUUGAAGCCUAAGAAUCGGAUCAAUGUUAGCACUGUGUGCAUCGAUCCAAUCACAGCUGAUGACAAUGAUGCUACAUUCAGCUGCCAUUUAAGCAGAGAUUCUACAAUCAAAAGAAGCGUGCUUCUGGAUAUCAGAUUUAUCCCUAUCUUGAGUAGGAAUGGUGAUGAGCAAGUGGAAGUGUAUAAUGGUAGUGAUGCAACACUAACUUGUAAAGUGAAGUCCAAUCCACCAGCUGUGAUGUCCUGGUAUAAAGAUAAUGAUACCCUCAAGUUGGUGGCAGGCAAACACUAUGUGUACUGGGACAGCGGUGCCUUUACACUGUCUAUUAAGAAGGUACAGAAAGUGGAAAAUGGGACAUACAUCUGCAUAGCUAAUUCCACACUUGGAAGUAGAAAUUUGGCCUUCCAUCUAAAUGUGAAAGAUAAACCAUAUGAAGUGCCAAUUGAGCCAGUCAUCGCUGGGGUAGUGGUUAUCCUGUUGACCGGUCUUUUUGGAAUAAUUUCACGGUGGAAUAAAAUUAUCGAGGCUCCAUCUGAGAACGUUGAUGAGCAAAAUAUACAUGCGGUCGCAAAUAAAAUUCACUUAAGAUCUUUUGUUUUACCAGUGCUGCGGAAAGAACAAGAAUCCCAGCACAUGCAAUGA